AACAGAUUCAGUACAAAAAGAUUAAGAAAAUGCAGGAAAAUAGAGAGAGAAAAUAAAAACGAAGCCGCCAUAAAUGCAAAGCUCAACUACCCAUCUAUAAAGACCAUACAAGCUCUUUUUCUUUCACUUACAUAAAAGCUCCGCCACAUUUCCAAAUCUGACAUUCAACUCCCGUUUUUCUUUUCUUUUCUAUUUCUUUGGUGUUUUAGAUCUUUGAUCGGAGGUAAUGUGGAACUCGGCGGAGAACGUGUUCUCCAGGUCGGCUUCGUUCAGGGAGGAGGAGGAUGAUGAGGAGGCGUUAAGAUGGGCGGCGCUGGAGAGGCUGCCGACGUACUCGAGAGUUCGAAGGGGAAUAUUCAAGGACAUAGUUGGUGACUCCAAAGAAGUGGAUGUUAGCGAGCUGGAGUCUACCGACCAAAGGCUUUUGCUCGAACGCCUCGUUAACUCUGUUGAUGACGAUCCUGAACGCUUCUUUGAUCGUAUGAGGAAACGAUUCGACGCAGUGGAUUUGGAAUUCCCGAAAAUUGAGGUUCGGUUUCAGAAUCUAACUGUUGAAUCUUUUGUCCAUGUUGGGAGCAGAGCAUUGCCAACCAUUCCAAAUUUUAUUUUUAACAUGGUUGAGGCAUUUUUGAGACGGUUGCGUAUAUAUCAAGGAAGGAGAAGCAAGUUGACUAUAUUAGAUGGAUGUAGUGGGAUUAUAAGGCCUUCACGAUUAACGUUAUUAUUGGGCCCUCCAAGCUCUGGAAAGACGACGUUUUUGUUGGCCUUGGCUGGACGCCUUGGAUCUCAUUUGCAGAUGUCGGGGAAAAUUACGUAUAAUGGACAUGGACUAAAGGAAUUUGUUCCUCCGAGGACAUCUGCUUAUGUCAGUCAACAGGACUGGCAUGUAGCUGAAAUGACUGUGAGGGAAACACUUGAAUUUGCAGGAAGGUGUCAAGGUGUUGGAGUUAAGUAUGAUAUGCUUUUGGAGCUUGCAAGAAGGGAAAAGAAUGCUGGGAUAAAACCCGAUGAAGAUCUCGAUAUCUUUAUGAAGUCACUAGCUUUGGGGGGGAAAGAGACGAGCCUCGUGGUAGAAUACAUCAUGAAGAUUUUAGGGUUGGACAUAUGUUCUGACACGUUGGUGGGAGAUGAAAUGCUUAAAGGUAUUUCAGGGGGGCAGAAAAAGCGGCUUACAACAGGUGAAUUAUUAGUUGGCCCAGCUAGAGUGUUGUUCAUGGAUGAAAUAUCAAAUGGGCUUGAUAGUUCUACUACUUACCAAAUUGUUAAAUAUAUGAGACACUCUACUCGUGCACUGGAUGGGACCACUGUAAUUUCUCUGCUUCAGCCUGCUCCGGAAACUUACGAGUUGUUUGAUGAUGUUAUACUUUUAUGUGAGGGCCAGAUUUUAUACCAAGGUCCUCGUGAUGCAGCCCUUGAUUUCUUUGCUUUUAUGGGAUUUAGAUGUCCAGAAAGAAAGAAUGUGGCAGACUUCUUGCAAGAGGUUUUGUCGAAAAAGGAUCAAGAGCAGUAUUGGUCUCUUCCUUUCCACCCUUAUCGUUACAUCCCUCCAGGAAAAUUUGCCGAGGCUUUCCGAUCCUAUCAAAUUGGGAAGAAUUUGCAUGAGGAACUAAACAUUCCAUUUGAUAGUCGCUACAACCAUCCUUUAGCACUUUCAACUUCUCGCUAUGGCGUGAAGAAGAGUGAACUUCUUAAGACCAGCUUUGACUGGCAAAUGCUACUGAUGAAACGGAAUUCAUUUAUCUAUAUUUUCAAAUUUAUUCAGCUUUUUAUUGUUGCCUUAAUUACUAUGAGCGUUUUUAUGCGGACGGCACUGCACCAUAAUACAAUUGAUGAUGGAGGAUUGUAUCUAGGGGCACUAUACUUUUCCAUGGUUAUUAUUCUUUUUAAUGGAUUUACGGAGGUUUCAAUGUUGGUGGCCAAACUUCCUGUUCUUUACAAGCAUAGGGAUUUGCAUUUCUAUCCAAGCUGGGCUUAUACGCUACCUUCUUGGCUGCUAAGUAUUCCAACUUCUCUCUAUGAGUCUGGUUUUUGGGUGGCAAUUUCAUACUAUGUUAUUGGUUAUGAUCCUGAUAUCACCAGAUUUCUUCGGCAGUUCUUGUUGUAUUUCUGUCUGCACCAGAUGUCCAUAGCUCUUUUCCGUGUAAUAGGAUCCUUGGGAAGAAAUAUGAUAGUUGCCAACACUUUUGGGUCUUUUGCUAUGUUGGUGGUCAUGGCUCUAGGAGGCUAUAUUAUUUCAAGAGAUCGUAUACCUAGCUGGUGGAUCUGGGGUUAUUGGGUUUCUCCUUUGAUGUAUGCUCAAAAUGCAGCUUCUGUCAAUGAAUUCCUUGGAAAUUCCUGGCAUAAGAGAGCUGGAAACUACACUAACUUCUCAUUGGGUGAGGCAUUAUUGAGAGCACGAAGUUAUUUUCCAGAGAGCUACUGGUAUUGGAUAGGUGUUGGUGCCUUGCUGGGAUACACAGUUUUGUUGAAUCUCCUGUUCACAUUCUUUCUUGCUAACCUUAACUCUCUGGGGAAGCAACAGGCUGUUUUCUCCAAGGAAGAACUGCAAGAGAGAGACAGGAGAAGGAAGGGUGAAAAUGUUGUUACUGAGCUGAGACAUUAUUUGCAGAACUCAGGCUCAUUUAAUGGAAAAUAUUUCAAGCAGAGAGGCAUGGUUCUCCCAUUUCAACCACUUUCGAUGUCUUUCAGCAAUAUAAAUUACUUUGUAGAUAUCCCUGUGGUACAGUAUAUUGACCUUCUUUCCUUUUCUUUUUGUUCUUUUGGAAAUAUGUUGAUCAAUUACCUUCUUUUCUAUGUAUCUUUUCAGGAAUUGAAGCAACAAGGGAUAACGGAAGAUAGAUUGCAGUUGUUGGUCAAUGUUACUGGAGCAUUUAGACCGGGUGUGCUUACGGCUUUGGUCGGUGUCAGUGGUGCUGGUAAAACUACACUCAUGGAUGUUUUAGCUGGUCGAAAAACCGGAGGGCUCAUAGAAGGGAGCAUACAUAUAUCGGGUUAUCCCAAAAGGCAAGAAACUUUUGCAAGAAUUUCAGGUUACUGUGAGCAGAAUGAUAUCCAUUCUCCCUGUUUGACUGUUCUGGAAUCUCUUUUAUUCUCUGCUUGGCUUCGGUUACCAUCCGAUGUUGGCUUGGAGACACAGAGGGCGUUUGUCGAGGAGGUGAUGGAACUCGUGGAGCUUACUCCAUUAAGUGGGGCAUUGAUUGGUCUGCCAGGAGUUGAUGGCUUGUCCACUGAACAACGGAAAAGGCUAACUAUUGCUGUUGAACUGGUUGCCAACCCUUCUAUAGUCUUCAUGGAUGAGCCUACGUCAGGAUUGGAUGCUAGAUCUGCUGCCAUUGUAAUGAGAACUGUCAGAAACAUUGUCAAUACUGGACGAACAAUUGUGUGCACCAUCCAUCAGCCCAGCAUAGACAUUUUUGAAUCCUUUGAUGAGCUUUUAUUCAUGAAGCGUGGAGGAGAGCUCAUAUAUGCUGGUCCACUUGGCCCCAAGUCUUGCGAACUCAUUAAGUAUUUUGAGGCAGUUGAAGGAGUGCCAAAGAUCAGACCUGGCUAUAAUCCUGCUGCUUGGAUGCUUGAGGUUACUUCAACAGCUGAAGAAAAUCGUCUAGAUGUGGACUUUGCAGAAAUUUAUCGUAGAUCAAAUCUAUUUCAGCGCAACAGGGAGUUAGUUGAAAACUUAAGCAAGCCAAGUGGCAACUCGAAAGAACUGAACUUUCCAUCCAAGUAUUCCCAAUCAUUUUUUGAACAGUUUUUAGCAUGUCUUUGGAAGCAAAAUCUAUCUUAUUGGCGAAACCCCCAAUAUACAGCAGUUAAAUUCUUCUACACUGUUGUCAUCUCGCUGAUGCUUGGAACUAUAUGCUGGAAAUUCGGUUCAAAAAGGGAGAGCCAGCAAGAUCUAUUCAAUGCCAUGGGGUCCAUGUAUGCUGCAGUCCUCUUCAUUGGAAUCACAAAUGCAACCGCCGUUCAACCUGUUGUUUCUAUUGAGAGAUUUGUUUCAUACCGAGAAAGAGCCGCCGGAAUGUAUUCAGGCCUAGCCUUUGCAUUUGCUCAGGUUGCCAUUGAGCUCCCAUACGUGUUUGCACAAUCAGUAAUAUACUGUUCGAUUUUCUACUCCAUGGCAUCAUUUGAGUGGACUGCUUUGAAAUUUAUAUGGUACACAUACUUCAUGUACUCAACAUUGCUAUAUUUCACCUUUUACGGAAUGAUGACGACCGCGGUCACACCAAAUCAUAACGUGGCCGCUAUCAUCGCUGCUCCGUUUUAUAUGCUUUGGAACCUUUUCUGCGGCUUUAUGAUUCCCCACAAGAGAAUUCCUAUAUGGUGGAGAUGGUAUUACUGGGCAAACCCCAUAGCCUGGAGUUUGUAUGGCCUCGUGAUUUCGCAGUAUGGCGAUGACGACAAGCUCGUCGCGCUAUCGAAUGGAGCAGACUCGAUGCCUACGCGAGUGUUGCUCAAGGAAGUGUUUGGGUAUAGGCAUGAUUUCUUGUGCGUAACUGCUGUUAUGGUAGGGUUUUUUGUCAUCUUUUUCGCAGUAAUCUUUGGUUUUGCUAUAAAAGCCUUCAAUUUCCAGAGGAGAUGAUGACAAGGGAGAGUAUGCAUACGCUGUUGUCUCUCACAAACACGAUUCUGUAUAGGAAUGUUAUGUUUUGGGUUUAUAGUGAAAUUGUUUAUUUUGUUUUAACAAUUUUUUUCCUUUUAAUAUAAAAAGUCGCAAUCUAGAAUAAGGAAAAGUAAAUUACUCAUGUAAUUAGGAUUAUAUGAACCGAUCGGAUUAAAUUGAGUUUUUUCUUUU